AUGGAGGGUCUCUGUAAAGAGCUCUCUUGUCCUGUGUGUUUGGAGCUGUUCACCCCGCCAGUGCUGGAACUACCCUGCUCCCACAACUAUUGCAGGCAGUGCAUUCAUGAGACUCUUAUCUCCCAAAACUGCACUCAUGUCAAUGGGAAAUUCUGCUGCCCCAUGUGCAGGAAGGUUAUCUGUUUGCGGGGAAGAGGAAUAACUGGAUUAAAAAGAAAUAUCUUUGUUGAAAAUGUACUAGAAAAAGUUAAAGAAGAGAUGGCAAAGAUCCAAGUGAGAGAACACAAUGUGAAAUCCCAAACAUGCAGGAUACAUGAAGAAGUGAUGAGCCUGAUGUGUCUGGAUGAUGAUAUUCCGAUAUGCAGUAUCUGCAAAUUGUUUGGGGACCACAACACGCAUGAAGUGGCCAGACUGUCUGAAGUUUAUCAGGGAAGGAAAAAUAGUUUUAUUGAAGAGAUCACGAGAAUAGUUUUGAAAUCUGAAACUGCAGCAAGAGUCAGCCAGGAACUGGAAAAGUUGCAGGAUCAACUUCUUUCAACUGCCGAAGAAACAAAAGCUAUGAUCAACGCAGUCGGGGACAGCUUGUUGAUGGAAAUACGAUUCAAAGUAUCAUCAUUAAAGAUGAAGGUGGACAAGGAAAGCACUGAGAAAUGCAAUGAACUGCAAUCCGCUCUGGAGGACUUACAGGGAUCCCGGAGACUGUACAUGAAAAUGAAAUCCCUCCUGGAGGAACACAUCAAUCCCAUACAGUUUCUCAAAGAGGACAAGCAGCUGAAAAUUGAAGUGGCAAAGCUGUUUGAAGAAGACCGUCCGCUGCCUGUGCCCAAGAGGGAUAACAUUUCAGUAGGGCAGUAUAUUGAAGAGCUAAUCAAGGGCAUAGAUAUUAAACAGGUGGCCAUAUCAAAAGCAGACGAUCUUCUUGUGAAAGUUGGUGAUGAGUAUGCAGCAUGGAGUUCAAGCUGUUCGAAUGUAGAUACGUCAUCUUACGAUGGCUUGGAUCAGAUGAUACGCAAAAUUAUGUCAAGUUUAACACUGAAGUCCAGUGAUGCAAACAAUAGUUUGAGCUGGGAAUGUCCGUCACCUUACUCGACCAGCGGUUCAUCUGAAGAUAAUUACUCCCCAGAAGAGGUUAAAGUUAUCACAAUACAAAAAACAUCUUUAUAA